UAGAAAAUAAUAAAAAUUGCUCCUUCAGACAAUACCUCUGUGCUAACCUCAGUACCCUUUAGAAGAUGACAAAUUAACGCACAAUUAAAAAUCACAUCCACACACACGGUGUGACCCACCAGAACACACAUCUGCUAUUCCAAGUAUGACACAACAACGGAUUCUAAAUCGAUGUUAAUUUAUAAAAAGCGGCCAGGCAUUGGAGAUACAUUCCCAGUUCUCGGAGCUGUGGCCGCCCUAGGCUAGCUUCCCGGUGGUGGACACAACGUCGGUGUGUUUUGUUCUUAUCGAAGGACACGAGAGGAGCCUCGAAGGUGGCUUUUCUCUCUCUCGAUCGCUUGCCCGGGUUCAUCCUCUAAAGCUGUCCCCAGCAUGGGCAGAUGAACACCCACGCCUCCUUCUUCCCACCAAGGUGGAUCUUGGCUAACAGGAAAGCAGACUGGGUGGUGACCACAGUGCCUUUGUGUCCUCGGAUCUGGGGCAAGGCUCAGCUUAGUCCCCGGCAGAUCGGCGGAGGCCGCGCGCGCCGUUUCCUCAUUAAUGCCCCUGAAGGACAAUAGCUCAUCAAGCCCCACCGAAAGCCCCAGGCCCGUGGCGGAGCUUGGGCUGGCGGGGGCUGAGGCUGAGCGACUCCUCCUAGAGGUGGUUAUGUGGAGAAGGAGCAAUCCCUUCUCCCUCCUCCUCCUCCCCCCGCUACGAUCCGCGGCCCAGAGAACUGCCGCUUGCCGCCAUUGACACGCACAGAUAAAACCCAAAGAAAGGCAAAGAGUCCUGCCCCGCACCGGCGCUGCGCGGGCCGAACCUGCGCCCGGGGAGGGGCGCGCAGAGGGCACCGGCGCCCGGAGCAGGGGGCGCAGCACCAGCAUUGUGUUAGUGCCAGGAGGCCAGUAAGUCAGCAAGCUGAGAGGGAAACUGAGGCAAAAUGUCAGGGCGGAGUGGGAAGAAGAAAAUGUCCAAGCUGUCCCGGUCAGCCAGGGCCGGCGUCAUCUUUCCGGUGGGCAGGCUGAUGCGCUACCUGAAGAAAGGGACUUUCAAGUACCGGAUCAGCGUGGGCGCCCCGGUCUACAUGGCGGCGGUCAUCGAGUACCUGGCAGCGGAGAUCCUAGAAUUGGCUGGGAAUGCUGCAAGGGACAACAAGAAGGCCCGGAUAGCCCCAAGACACAUCCUGUUGGCUGUUGCCAAUGAUGAAGAGCUCAACCAGCUGCUAAAAGGAGUGACCAUCGCCAGUGGAGGUGUCCUGCCCAGAAUUCACCCUGAACUGUUGGCCAAAAAACGAGGGACCAAAGGCAAGUCAGAAACUAUCCUUUCCCCGCCCCCAGAGAAAAGAGGGAGGAAGGCCACAUCAGGCAAAAAGGGAGGCAAGAAAUCCAAGGCUGCCAAACCACGGACGUCCAAGAAGUCCAAACCAAAGGACAGUGAUAAAGAAGGGACUUCAAAUGCCACCUCUGAAGAUGGGCCAGGGGAUGGAUUUACCAUCCUGUCUUCAAAGAGCCUUGUUCUAGGACAGAAGCUGUCCCUGACCCAGAGUGACAUCAGCCACAUUGGCUCCAUGAGAGUGGAGGGCAUUGUCCACCCAACCACAGCCGAAAUUGACCUCAAGGAAGACAUAGGUAAAGCCUUGGAGAAGGCCGGGGGCAAAGAGUUUUUGGAAACAGUAAAGGAGCUUCGCAAAUCUCAAGGCCCUUUGGAAGUUGCUGAAGCCGCCAUCAGCCAAUCCAGUGGACUUGCGGCCAAGUUUGUCAUCCACUGCCACAUCCCCCAGUGGGGCUCCGACAAAUGUGAAGAGCAGCUGGAGGAGACCAUCAAAAACUGCCUGUCAGCAGCCGAGGACAAAAAACUAAAGUCCGUUGCCUUCCCGCCCUUCCCCAGCGGCAGAAACUGCUUUCCCAAACAGACGGCCGCCCAAGUGACCCUCAAGGCCAUCUCGGCCCACUUUGACGACUCAAGCGCGUCCUCGCUGAAGAACGUCUACUUCCUGCUCUUCGACAGUGAGAGCAUCGGCAUCUAUGUGCAGGAGAUGGCCAAGCUAGAUACCAAGUAGGGCCUCCAGCACCAGCAGGGAUGGAGAAUCAACUCAUGAGAGUGGGGUUUUAUUUUUUAAAGCAACAGGGAAGGGUGUUGGCAGGGGAGCAGAGGGCAGAUGAGGGGUCGUGGGUAGCCAGGGAGGAGCAGAUCCUGCCCAAGGAAGGAGCCCUUUGCAUUAUCUUGUCUUUACAAAGGGCCUUGGCUAUAAUUUUCCAGGUCUCCACCAGGGAGUUUUUCCAUGUGUUUUCUUCCUGUUUUAGAACUUUUUUAAAAAAAACAGACCUCAUUUUAGAUUUAUAGCAUUGACUUUUACACACACUCUCUCUCUCACUCACACACACACACACACACACACACACCACAAAAUCUUUCCAGGAUUCUUAAAUCUUUUGUUCCUCCUUUUACUGAGGGAAGAUGAUAUGAGAGGGACAUGGGUCUGUUGGCUAUCUCUUUCCUACAGGGAAGAGAAGGAAAGAGAUUUCAUGGGUGCUUUUCUCUUGUUUUAGAGCCCCCUCCCCUGACCUCUGACCCCUAUAAUAUCUGUAACUCUCCUCAAGUUUUUUUGCUCUGGGCUUUCUUGUUUAUUUCAUUUUGUUUUUUAAAGAAAAAGAAAAUGAAAGGGAAAAAAAUAAAAGAUUCAGUGUCUUUCUUAUUAUAUAUUCUUUUUUUAUUGAAAGCUUUCCUUCAUUCUUAAAACUGUUCCCUUGGACAGAUACUUCUAGACUGUUUGUAUGUAAAUAACAAAAGGCAGUGGGGUGUAAUCCUAGCUACCCAGGAGAGGCUGAGAUCUGAGGAUCAAAAUUUGAAGCCAGCCCAGGCAGG